AUGUCUCGCCGAAGCCAGCGUCGACAGGCAGGGCCGAGCCCCGCCGACGGCCCAUCCGCCAGCCAACAGCCCGUGCAGUAUCCUGAGAUCUUCGUCGCCUGGAUGCCCGACGUCGCUCUGCCCCAGCCCUUUGAUCCAGAUACGUACCCUCUGGACGGAAAGCAGCCCGGCAGCCUGGCCGAACCGCCUCUCGAGCCGUACGAUCCCGACAGCUUUGUGCAGUGGGGCCGCCAGCGAUUUGGCGACGCGUGGUUCGAGCUGCGGACAACCAUGAUCCGCGAACGCCGGUGCGCCGACCUGGCAGCCGACUCGGUGUACCGCCGGCGUCAGCAGGCGCUCCGGGUGGCCGAGAGGAUGCUGGAGCGGCGGCCUCUAGAGCCGGCGGCCGGUGUGGAGGAUGCGGGCUGGAAGCGUCUGUGGGCUCGCAUGGCCAGUGGCCGUCCGGAGAAGCCGCGGACCCAGAAGAAGCACCGCAACUGGAGCGAGGAACGACAUCAGUUCCGGCGCUUCUUCCAGCGCGAAGACGCUGUUGACAACGUCCGAUCUGAGCGCGAGAACCGUCAGAGCAGCAAGGUCAACAAUAGCGAUGACGAGGACGCCAAUGAUGGUGGCAGGCCAUCCAAGAAGACCAGGAUAACGGCAAAGGGAAAGGGGAAGCAGACCCUGCCGGAUGCAGACACGGACUCGGACUGGCCGCCGGAUGCCAUCGCCCAAAAGGAACGCGAAGAUCUCGAGAGACUGCUCGAAAUCGAAAGCCGCUGGACUGGGAAGCCAAAGAGGAAGAUGACCGAAGUGCAGCGCCUCUUCCGUCAGUGGGAGACGGCGCAUGUCAGCACAAGGUCCGGACACCAGACCCGCACCACCUCCAUCAUCUUCUGCCAGAACCAGCCCCAAAUCCAGAUCAGAUUGCAGGCUUCGGCACGAAGCCUCGAGCUCGUCGUCCUCUGA